AUGUACAACAACCCUUCAACCCGUAAUCUGGCCUAUGCGCCGACCCCUUAUGCGUAUCCAGCAACAAACACUCUCUCCGCCCGGAUCAACCUUGACGAAGAAGUCAAACUCGCGGACUCUGCUGCCGAGCGUGACCUGAUUGACUCCCUCGCCGAGAUCUACAGCAUCAUUCGCACCCUUGACGGACUGGAAAAAGCAUACAUCAAAGAUGCGCUUCCAGAAAUAGAGUACUCGGACAUGUGUUCGAAACUUCUCAAGCAGUAUCGAUCGAUAUUGAACGAUGAAAAUGUGGCGCGCGAGUUUGGAGACUUGGAUACAUUCACGCAAAAAUGGGACAUUGAGUGUCCCCGCGCCAAAGAACGUCUAAAAGUCGGGCUUUCCAGCGUGGAAACAAUCACCGUGGCAAAGGCCACUCCUGGAUCUACAGCUCCCCAAGGCAACCUUUCGGGCAGCUUGAUCCUCGCAGCGACGGAGAAUUUCAUCACAUUUCUUGAUGCACUCCGCUUGAAUAUGUUCUCCAAGACCCAGUUGCAUCCGAUACUGUCAGAUGUGAUCCAGUCGGUCAACAAAGUCACAGACCAGGAUUUUGAAAAUCGCGGGAAGAUUAUCCAAUGGCUGAUCACGCUCAAUCAGAUGAAGACGUCAGAGGAGCUGAGCGAGGAGCAGGCCAGGGAUUUGGCCUUCGACAUGGAACAAGCAUACAAUGGAUUCAAAUCGAUCAUUCAAUGA